AUGACAUUCUUUCAAGCGCUCGAGAAGUCUUCCGCGGUGGAGCUUUACACCUACAUCACGCUGCUGCUGAUCUGUGUGUUGCUGUACAUCUUCUCGGACUAUUUAAAGAUAUGUGCGCUCGCGUUCCGUUUGCCCGGACCAACGGCCUACCCCGUGAUAGGGAACUGUUUGGACAUUGCUAAGAAAGAUCUGAUCUCGCGCGAGAUGUCCGAGGCGUACAAAAACUAUGGCCCGCUGGCACGCGUCUGGAUAUUUGUCUUUCCAAUGUUUGUCGUGUUCGAUCCGAACGAUCUGAAGCUGAUCCUGUCAUCGAAGAAGCACACGAACAAAUCGAUGUUUUACAAACUGCUGCACAAUUUUCUCGGCCGUGGACUUAUCACCAGCAGUGGGCACAAAUGGAGCUCCCAUCGGAAGCUGAUUCAACCAUCCUUUAACAUAGCGAUACUGGAGAAGUUUAUCGACACGUUCACGGACAGUGCGUCGUCACUGAUCGAUAAGCUGCCGAAGGAGGAAACGAUACUAAACGUCACCGAAUACGUCAACAACUGUGUGCUGGAUAUACUCAAUGAGGCAGUGCUAGGAGUUCCGGUAAAAUCUGCUGAUAAGAAAGAGAUGGAACAGUCACCGUUUAGACAAGGAAAGGUCGUUGCACCGUACCGCAUCACUCAUCCAUGGCUGUUGUUCAACUCGAUCUACAAGCUAACGGAUGCGGCGACAGCAGAGCUCAACCAAAAGAAACAGCUCGAUGAGUUCUCCAGGAAGAUGAUUCGUCGUCGGCGGGAAACACUGAAGACACUCACAGCGUCCGACAGACGCUGCCUGUUGGACUUUAUGAUUGAAAUCUCGAACGAAAAUCCUGACUUUACCGAGGACGACAUCAUCGAUGAGGCGUGCACAUUCAUGUUGGCAGGACAAGAUUCGGUUGGUGCCGCCGUUGCCUUUACACUGUUCCUGCUCGCCCGCCACCAGGACCAUCAGGCGAAGUGUUACGAAGAGAUUCAACGGCACAUCGGUCCCGACUGCUCGAAACAACCAACCGCCGAAAGUAUUCGCGAGCUGCGCCAUCUGGAGGCCUGCAUCAAGGAAAGCCUUCGGCUCUACCCAAGCGUACCGAUGAUGGCACGUAAAAUCGGUGAAGAUGUCCGGGUGGACAAGUACAACCUCCCGGCGGGAACGGAAAUCCUCAUCCUGCCGUACGCGACGCACCGGCUCGAACACGUCUAUCCCGACCCGGAACGGUUCGAUCCGGAACGGUUCGGGGAUGGGGCACCGCAUCAAAAUCCGUACGCGUUCCUUCCGUUCAGUGCCGGGCCACGGAACUGCAUCGGCUACAAGUUUGCGUACAUCGAGAUGAAAACGGUCAUCUCGCGGGUGUUGCAAAAUUUCCAUCUCUCCCCAGCACCGGGCAAGGAGGAGCUAGAGCCAAUAUUCCGCAUGACGCUACGGGCGAGAGGUGGCCUUUGGGUUAAGAUGACUCCUAGGAAAGUGGUCUCGUAG